AUGGGACGUGAGAUUAUCAGUAUAGAAAAUGUUUAUGAAAAUAACCUGGGUAUGUUAGUCAAAUUGGCUAACACAGAGAUUGAAAAUCUAACAUAUCCAGAAUCAUUUUUCGAAGAACUAUUCCCAAAAGGUAAAGAUGCUAAGAAGGACACAUAUUUUGCUCAAUUGGCAUAUUAUAGUGAGAUAGUGGUUGGUGGUAUUAAGACUAAGCUGGUCCCUAAGAAGAAAGGUGACUCUUGCCCUAAAGGACUUCAGAUCGAACUAUUGGUCGUCUUGAAACAAUAUAGAAAUAAAAGCAUAGGAACGAAGCUGGUAAAAUAUGCGGAAGAACAAUGUAAAAAGCAUCACCAACAUAACUUAUAUGUAUUUGUUCCAGAAAGUGAUGAUGGUAUAAUUCAAUGGUACGAGAAGUAUGGAUUCAAAGCUGAGGAGGCUACUUUUAAGGAUUACUUUAAAGAUAAAAAUCCAACAGCAUCAGCAGAUGCAGUUUUAUUGAAGAAACACAUAGAAUGA